GCGGGGGACUGCAGCUAUUCCCCUAUGGCGUUUAAUAGACUUACGGCUUUUGAAGGGGAUUUGUACCAGUUUUUGUUGGGUUUGAGGCCAUUUUUGAGCUUGGAUAUUCUUUCUGUGACUUUUGACUGUGUAAUAACGACAUUUAAUCAUAACAUUUCUAUAUACUACCGGUGUCACACAUCGACCAAAAAGACCGCAGAUAUGGAGAGCUCUGAACCAGAUCGGGACUCCAAAACCUCCAAAAAUGAGCAGCUCCAGCCACUGUCAGAAGUUGUAAGCUCAUCAACAUCCACCAGCAUGGAUAUCUGUCCACGACAGUCUAAUGGAAACUGUGUGGUCAUGGAAUCAUCAGAUCCCAGCCUACAGCAAAUCGAUGGAACAUCUGGCCAGUCUGCAGCUGAGACACUGAAUGAAGUUGGCAAUGCAUCUACUGGGACAACCAGCCAUGCAUCUGUCCCGGCUGAGAUAGGCAGCCAUACUUCUGCUCACGUUGAGGCCACCAGUCUCGCCACUGACCUGGCUGGUACUGCCAGCCACGCGUCUGUCCACCCUGGGUCAACCUCGUCUCUCCAGGCCGGUCAGUUGGAGCCCACCGCCGACCACGACCCCCAGUCGCCCUCUGUCGGUGACCCCAGCUGUCCUCCUGGCGCCGUACUGCUCUCCACCCACCCCAGAGCAGUGGAGGAGGGUGGCGUGUGUGUCUGUCUGACCCCUGACCGGCCGUCUGAGAGUGCCGAUCGCACCGCGCCGGCCAGUGCUAGCCUACAGCUGGAGUCUGAGCGACCGGGGCCGUCCGGUCUGCCGCCGACACGACCCACCGCGCGCACUGCCGUGGACGCCGGCGCCGUCACUGGACGCCCGCCGCUGCCACCGGGUCGGGCGGCGACCGGUGAGCGCAGCCCGUGCUGCGCGACCUCCGCCCAGGCGUGCCACGUGCUCUCUCUGCCCGACAUGCGGCGCCCCCGAGCGAGCCCAGAGGAGGUGUCCACCGCGGCGGUUGCGCGGGAGCGACCGUGUCCGGCGGCUGCGGCCGCCAGCUCCGACCCCACCGCGGGACAGGCGCCGGUGCCUCGGCCGUCAGUCAGUUCCGGCAUCCGAGUGGCGCUCCAGUCGGUGGCGUCUCACACCUCCUUCGCCUCACCGCUGAGCAGCAUCGGGCCCUUCUGUCGCAUCUGCCACGAAGGUGAGAGUCGCGAGCAGCUGAUCUCUCCGUGCCGCUGCGCCGGCUCGGUGGGGCUCGUUCACGUCUCCUGUAUCGAGAAGUGGCUGUCGGCCGCCAACAAAGACUCCUGCGAGAUCUGCAUGUACAAAUACGUCACCGAGCGGCGGCCCAAGCCAUUGCUGGAGUGGCUCCUGAACCCUUCUAACCCGGAGGAUGCACGGAACCUGGUGGGCGACGUCAUCUGCUUCUUUCUGCUGACGGCCCUGGCUGUGAUUGCGGCCUACCUCUGUCUAAUGGCGGUGUGCGCGUUUGCCGCAGGGGCGUCACACUACCUGUCGUACAAGACCCAGUGGGAGGCGACCGGUCUGGUGGUGCUGGGACUGCUCAUCUCGUCCAUCUACUGCGUCUGGCUAGUGGUCACAUGCAGGUACCACUGCCGGGUGUGGCAGGACUGGCGGCGCACCCACCAGGACGUCCACCUGCUGGAGAUGAAGCGACUCUCCUACUCCACCGUCGACCUCAACAACAACACCAGUGCCCCGGCGCCGCCGCCGGCCGGGCCCGGGUGCCGCGCCUGUCGCGGCGGCUCGUACUCAUGCUCGCACUGUUGCGCGGUGUGUCCCGUGCACGGCGUGCAGACGGAGCCUGCCGCUGCCGCUGUCACUGCCGCUACAGCUGCUGUCGCUGCUCCUGCCGGAGGGUCUGAUGAUGUGUUUGCUGCUGAUACGACUACUGCCGGAGCCGACCGCCGCGCCGGCACCGGUGGCGCCAUCUGUGGUGCGGUGACGUCGCCUAUUGAGCCUCCCGAAUCAACCGAAACCGAUAAGUGAUACACUGGAAUAUGGUGGAGAUGAAAUAGCUCAGGGUUAGAUCUCAGUCGAUUGGUGACGGGUAAGUUAUUUGUGCUGUGACUUGCAUGUAUCUUCUGUAUCAUGUAAAUGUGCAUGUUAUUUGCUUCGCUUGAGUAUUUAUUGAUAUUGCGUUGUUGUUAAUUUUCAGAGUUUAUUGUAUUAUUGCGCCAAUUAUUAUAUAAUAUUGCUUCAAGAUGUUGCAUGAUUUGCAUGUUGAGAGCAUGAAAUCACUUGUUUCGUUAUUCGAAAAAUACAUAUACCCCAUUGUCUGUA